AUGGAGGAAUUAGUCCGUGAUCGAAAAUCCCUUGAUCCUCGGAUCAAACGUAUAUCCGAUGUGGUGGUCAAAUUGAAGCCAGAAACGGCUGAAGAAACCGAGAUUCAAACGGAGCUAGAAGUGCUCGGUGAUAUUUGGGCUACUUAUGUGCUAAGAGUGAUAAAAGAUCGUGUUGGCAGUAGAGAAGAGCGAUCGAACAGUGCGGUGAUAAAUCAACUUGCACAGCAGCAAGCCGAGUUAAUUCGGUUGAUGUCAGAUCGAAUGUCCGUCGGCGCGAGUACAUCUUCUGCUGCUUUAAGUGCUGUACCUGCCAUACCAUUGUCGGGUCUAAAACUACUGCGUAUGAAUUUGCCUGUGUUCAGUGGAAACUAUCUCGAGUGGCAAUCUUUCAUCGAUCUGUUUCGUAGCAUGGUUGAUCAGAACCCUUCCCUAAGAGAUAGCCAAAAAUUAUACUUUCUCAAAACCAAUCUCUCCGGUGAAGCGGCGUCGCUCAUUUCACAUCUCAAAAUUGAGGAUGCAAAUUACGCUCCUGCUCUGGAAAAGCUAAAGUCACGCUACGAUAAACCACUAGAGAUAGCCCACAAGCACAUCGCACGCUUUCUGAAUCAACCAUCAGACGAUGACAUCACCGUCUGCCGAUGGAUUGCGCUCUCUACAUGA